AUGCUCUCAAAUCCCACUGGGUCGAACAACUGGCGACCGCGUUUUGCAGCAGUACGGCCACAAAUCUCACGAGGGAUGCCUUGUUACUAUGAAAUUCUUGGAUUGGAACGGGACGUCGACGAGGGGACUAUUAGAAAAUCGUAUCGCAGAUUGGCACUUCUAUGGCAUCCUGAUAAAAAUCCAGGUCGUGUUGAGGAAUGUACAAAGCAGUUUGCUUUAAUUCAAGAGGCAUAUGAAGUUCUGAGUGAUCCGCACGAACGUGCUUGGUAUGAUCGGCAUCGAGAGCAGAUUUUACGAAGAGAUUUGGAUGAACAUUAUGAAGAUAAUAGUUUGAAUUUAUUUCCUUAUUUUUCAUCGAAUUGUUAUUCAGGAUUUGACGAUGCAGACCAAAGCUUUUACACUAUUUAUCGUCGCGUUUUCGAAACUAUUGCAAAUGAGGAUUAUGCUUAUAUAGACGAUCCUAGUGUAAAAUACCCUACUUUUGGUUAUUCGAAUAGCUCAUAUAUUGAAAUUGUUGGUCCUUUUUAUGGUUUUUGGCAAGGUUUUUGUACGUCUCGCACAUUUUCUUGGCUUAACAAAUAUGAUACUUCAGCAGCACCUAAUAGAACGAUUGCCAAAGCUAUGGAAAAGGAAAAUAGAAAAUAUCGAGAUGAAGGAAAAAAGAAAAGAAACGAAGAAAUACGAGAGCUUAUCUCGUUUGUAAGGAAGCGAGAUAAACGAGUUCAGCAGUACAAGAAAGAACUCGAAGAACGCCGAAUCGAGCAACAUAAAAAAGCUGAAGAAAAUAGAAAACAAAUGAUUCAAAAUCGACUGAAUCAGUUAAAUGAUUACAAAGAAACAGACGAAAUUCGCCAAAAUUAUUUGGAUAAUUUGCGAGAAAUUGAAGAAGCUCUUGACGCCGAAUAUGGAGAGAUAGUGAACAAUAUAGAAGAUGAAGGCAGUUUAUACUGCAUAUUGUGCGAAAAAGCUUUUAAAUCUCAAAAGGCAAUGGCAAAUCAUUUAAAAUCGAAGAAGCAUAAGGAGACCUUGCUGAAAGUCAAAGAGCACUUAAAGGCUGAGGACGUAUUAUUUUUGGAAGCUGAAAUGAAUAUCGAAGAGGACUUGAGAAGAAAUAUAAGCAGUUCUCUAGAGAAAAAGAAAAACAAGAAAAAAUCUCGUCGGAAGGAAAGCAAUUUAGAAUUUAAUGAUGAAAAUAAUAGCAGUGAAUUUUGUGAAGAAAGGAAGAAAAUUGAAGAAGAUUACAAAAAAAAAAAAAAGAAAUCUAACAAAAAAAACGUUGGUAUACAUAUUUUGAAAGAAGCAUGUACCGGUCCAAAAAUUGGAAUUUGCGACAAAUGUAGUGCAGUUUUCGAGUCACGCUCAAAAUUAUUCAUGCAUCUGGAAGAAAGUGGUCACGCGUCUUUAAAAAUUUCAAAUAUGCCUCAGAAGCGAAAGCAGAAAGCAGUCAAAAAAAAACGAUGA